AUGUCUUCUGCUGUAGCAGAGCUGGAUAGCUAUCUCCAGUCGAUGCUGGCCCUGAAGCCCCCGGGAGUUUCGGGGUCCAAGAUCAACAGUAUCACGUCGCUGUGUACGGCGAACGUCCAGAAUGAAUCCGUCCUCAUCCAGAAGAUCUAUACACACUUCAAAAAGGCACCGGGAACACACAAAUUGGGCGUACUCUAUGUCGUAGACUCUGUAACUCGACAGUGGGUAGAAGCAGCGCGCAAGGCCGGCCAGCCGCCUGGCAGCGCGGCGCCGGAUGGAACCUUUGCCGCGGGCGUUAACAGAGUGACCGAACUAUUACCUGUCUUGAUGACUGAUAUCAUAAACAAUGCUCCCGAAGAUCAAAAGGAAAAAAUCAGGAAACUGGUUGAUAUCUGGGAGCGCGGAUACACCUUUCCCGCCCCGAUGCUUGCGUCCUUCAAGGACAAACUAAAUGCGCCCUCAUCGCACAAUGUGGAAUCCACCACUCCGGAAGGGUCUCCGGCCCCGAACUACAUUCCGCUGGGCGGCCAGCAGCAGCAGCAGCAGUCGCAGUCGCAGUCGCAGCAACCGGCAAACGGCGCGAGUGCGUCGGCGCCCGACACGUCCAGCAUCCUGAAGGCUCUGGCAGAUAUGGCCAAGCAGAACACCGCAGCGCCGGCGCCGGCGCCGCCAGUGGCGCCGCCGACUAACCCUCUUCAUGCGCUGGGCCAGCCGAGUACCGUCCCGCCUCCCAUGCCGUCAUCCGUAGAUCCCGUUUCGCACUCUUCCAACGGGCAGGCCGGCGUAAAUCCCUAUGCCUCCGGGGCGAUGGGAACCCCGUUCGCGGCUUUGGGCAGCGUCCCCGGUCCCAACCCAGCGCUGGUUCAGCCGCAGAGCCAAAGCCAGACCCCCAAUCCGCUGGCCGCGGCUCCCAACCCGCUGGCGGCGCUACUGCCGCAGGCGACUGCAGCCCCGACUCAGCAAACGCCCUCCAUGGCGCCGGAUCCACUGCAGCAGCAGCUCCAGCUCCUGCAGGCCCUGGCCGCGCAGGGAAUCCCGCAAGAGCAGUGGGUCCCCGCCCUGCAGCUCCUGACCAACAUGACGGCCGGCCAGGCGCCCGGCUUCAACCUGCCCGGCCAGUCCGUCGGUGCCUGGGGCCGCCCCGACUCGCAGGCUCGAGACUACGAGCGCGAUCCGCGCGACUUCAUGCGGUCGCCGCCCGGCCAGUAUCACCGCGGUCGCUCUCGCUCGCCCGGCUGGGACCGCCGGCCCUCGCCUCCGCGUCGUCGCGACAGCCCCGUCUAUGGCGAGUAUCACGGCGACUCGCCCGGUCGCCGCGGUGGCGAUCCGCGCGGCCGUCGCGGCAACGACUAUCGCCAACGCAGCCCGCCCGGACGCAGACGUCGCUCUCCUUCCCCCCGCAAGGACCCGGCCUUGCCUCCUCCCGGCGAAAAGAAGAUCGAGUGGGACUACUCCAUCGGUCAGAAUCACAUCAAGGUCCUCAGCCGGACCCUGUUCGUGGGCGGUGUCACUUCCUCCGAGUCUCAGCUUCGCGCGCUGUUUAGCAAAUUCGGCAUCGUUCAGACUUGUAUUGUGAACAUCGACAAACGCCACGCUUUCAUCAAAAUGAUCAGCCGCACCGAUGCCAUCCGGGCUCGCGACGGCAUGGAAUCGUACCGGUCCGGCGAUAUGCAACUUCGGACUCGAUGGGGCGUGGGGUUUGGACCGCGCGACUGCAGUGACUACCAGACCGGCAUCAGUAUCAUUCCAAUCGACAGACUCACCGAAGCCGAUCGCAAGUGGAUGUUGACGGCCGAGUAUGGCGGAACGGGCGGAGCGCCCAUCGACCCCGGCAUGGUUGUCGAAGAGCCGGAUAUUGAGAUCGGGGCUGGAGUUUCGUCGAAAGCCAUCAGUCGUCGGAUUGCCACCGACACUGGCGGCAAGCGUGGCCCGGUUUCCUCCCGUUCGCAGCAAGAUCGCUUCCGCCGUCCCGAGCGCGAGCCCCCGACGGGCAUGGGCGCCAUGGGCGGUGGCCACGCGGACCGCGAUGUCGCCAGUGCCAACAAUGUCGGCGUGCCUCCCACGGUGCCCAGUUUCGGCUUUUCCGUCCCCAUCCCCGGCAUGUUUCCCCCGGGUUUCAUGAUGGGCGGAGCGCAGGCGGGCUCCGGUGGCUCCGCGCAGCCCCCGCCUCCUGGCCAGGGAGGUAACUGA